AUGCAAAAUUCACCGACAAGUGCAACAGGGAUAGCAGCCAAUCAUGCUAUAUUAAAUAAGGAUUUCGAAACAGCUAAUACAAAUGCAAGGAUACCAACAUUAACAACAGAAAAAACAACAAAUUCGAGCGUAAUUCCUGAAACAAAGAAUUGCACAGAUAAUGUACAAACUGGACCAUUAUUUAUAGAUUCAUAUUUAGCACCAUGUAUGCAAGCAUUAGCUUACUAUAUCGAAUUAUUACAAUAUGAACCAGCAUCAAUGACAACAUUGGAACCACCAUUUGAAGGUUGGGAGGCAGAAGGUGGUACAACAUAUAAACCACCACCGACACCACCAAGACCGUCAACAACUACAACAACAAAAACAUCAACAGUAUGGUGGAAACCACCUUCAACACAAUCAACCAUUUGGUGGGUACCACCAUCAACAACAAAACGUACAACAACGUCAUAUCCAACAACUACAAAAUACACUACAACAACAAGAAAACCAACCUAUAUAACAACAACGCCAAACUAUGAUUCAACGGAAAUGACAACACAAUGGUGGCAAAAAACUACAACCGGAAAACCAAUAACAACAACAACAUUAAAACCAAUAUCAACAAUAGCUAGUACAACACAAACAUGGUGGCAACCACCAUCAUGGUGGACGACAUAUAAACCAACAACUACAACAACUAAAAAACCUACAACAACUUAUAGACCUGUAACAACAACAUAUCCACCUGAAACAACACCAUUCCAUCGUCCUGGUUUAUUUGCACCAUCAAAAUUACCGAUAUCAUCACCAAGACCUCCACCAUUAUCAGUAGCACCAGUAAUGUCAUUUGCAGCCAAUUAUAGACCACAAUUUACAUCAUUAAAUAAUAGACCAAAUCGUUAUGAUUCAAAUAGAAAUCAAAAAUAUUUAACACAAUUAAGCUCAAGAUAUCAAAAAGCUAUUGAUAUUGAUGCUGAUAUUGUUGGAAGGAGCUCUUUAAACUUAAAUGGUGAUAAUAGAGGAACAUCAUCAUUAGUGGCAUCAUCGUCAUUGGAAUCAUUAGAAAAUGGAUCAACAUUUUCACAUCCAUUUGACAAGGAUUUCUUUUCAUGGUUUACUCAAAAGAAAGCAAAAAUUUAUAAGCCUGAUUAUGAAUAUGAUUUUCAAUUGUUGGAUCCAUUGCCAGGGGCAUUAAUACGCGAUAUAUUACAAGAGAAAUCUGAAUUACCAGCACUUACAGAUAGUGAUAAUAUAAAUGAAUUUUUAAAAAUUUAUGAUGAUAAUUUUGGUAGAUUAAAUUCAAUUACUGGUAAAAAACGUAUACCAAUAACAAAACCUUAUGUUGAAUUUUUAAUGUUAUAUGAUAUGCUGAAACGUGAUGCAAAAGCAAUGAAUUUAUCAAUGUAUGAGGGCUAUAGCGAAGAAAUGUUGCAUGAAUUAGCGGAAUUAUCACAACGUUCAGCGGAAAGACAAUUGCAUGCACUAUUAACAAGAAUGCUAUUAAGAAAUGACAUUGAUAGAACUGAUACGAUAUCACGUGUUAAGGGGAUCAUUAAAGAUUUAGAAACACCAACUAGUGUUACAGCAAAAGCAAUGAGAUUUUUCCCGCCAUUAAAAUUUGUGCCAUAAUUUUAUUAUUUAUUAUCAUGGAAUAUGAUAAAA